UAUCUAGCCCAUGUUCAUGGACUAUCAAAUCCCCAGACACAGAAUCCUCUGUGGUCUCUGACUGAAGACACUGCCCAUAAUGUGUCCAGUGAGAUAUGCCAUGAGCUUGGCUGUGGACAGGUCUACAGACUCAUUCAGAGCAGUGCGCAAUUGAAAACAACCUGUUUCAAAAACUGUGUUUAUCACAACUAUCAAUUAAAAAACUGUACGGAGGUAACUAAAUAUAGCUGCUCAAUCCUCUCUGAAGUUAAAUGUGGCAAUGCUGCUGUCCGAUUGGUUGGGGGCGGUCAUCGCUGCGGGGGGCGUGUGGAGGUGUGGCAGGGAUCCUGGGGCACAGUGUGUGAUGAUGGAUGGGAUAUGGAGGAUGCAAAUGUGGUGUGUUCACAGCUUGGUUGUGGGUACGCUGUGUCUGUCAGCGGGCAAGGUGAGCCGUAUGGCCAGGGUACAGGCCCCAUACACCUGGAUGAACUCAGCUGCACUGGAACAGAGGGGAGCUUAUGGGAAUGUCCAGCACUUAUGCAAGGACACGACUGUGGGCAUAAGGAGGAUGCAGGUGUGGUUUGCUCAGAAUACAAGGCCCUGCGACUGACAGGAGGUCUGGAUCGAUGCGCUGGGAGAGUGGAAAUCCAUCGCAAUGGUACAUGGGGGACAGUUUGUGACACGUGCUGGCAGAAGGAAGAAGCUACAAUGGCCUGUGAUAUGCUGAAUUGUGGAGAGGUCAAACAUUUCACAGCCUUUGACCCCCCCUUCAAGCAUAAAAAUGAAACACUCUGGUAUUUUAUCUGUAAGCAGAAUAGCAAAAACCUGUGGCAGUGUCCUGAGCACAUUAACAAUGAAUAUUUGUGCAUGGAAACAAAAGCAGCUGGGUUGAUUUGCAACAAUUCUCUUGGUCUGCCUGUUCCCACCAGUCAAAUACCAAACUCAACACCAGCAACCACAGAGAUGACGAAAAUGGAAAAUUCACAUAGAUUCUUCCCAUCUCCAGAGUUACUGGGGUGUUUUGUUCUGGGUUUCUUUCUUGUGAUUGCAGUUAUCACAAAUAUCCUCUUGUGUCAUCAUGAUAAAAAGAAAAAAGCUGUUGUAGUCCAGAAGAGAUACAUGAACCUACAGGCCACAGCUGAAGCAGAGGAAAAUAACUACAGAGAUUCUGUUCAUCUUGUCAAAGUUACAAACAAUAGCGGUGAUGCUGAGGUUCCCAUAUUUCCUCAGCGCAUCUGGCCUCAGAGUAGCAUUGAGAGUGGAUCGUAUGAUACGGACUAUGAGCAACAUGACAUCAGUCUGGAAGCGACUUUUCCUUUAUCCACUUUUCACAACUCAAUGCGGUACAGUGCAGAUGGUAAAACGCCUGCUGUAAAGGCCACAAACCUGAACAGUGUGAUGGAGGCUUCCCUGGCAGAGGUCUCAGUGAGAGGGUACCAACAAAUUUGUGACACUUCCUCUGAUCAUGAUGCACACCAGAUGCGUGGGUCUGCUAGUGUGGACUCGUUUGAGUCAUCAUGCACCUCAUCAGGAGAAUGCUAUGAGAACACAGGCACAAAUGCACAGGACCUGUGCUCGCUGGAGUCUGCUGAAUGUUAUGAAAAUACAGGGGAAAACAGAGACAGUCUACCAACUGCAGAUAAUGAAGAUUUCCUGAAGCAGGAAUCCAGAAGAUCUGUCCUGGGCCACACCAUGGAUCCUUCCUUCAAUUACCAAGAACUAGAUAAAGGGGGCAGCAACAGAGAGGACUCCCCGUUGUACUCACCUGUCAGCUAUGAUAAUGAGGCCGUCUCUUCUGAAAGUGACUAUGAUGACAUUGGCAACUAUAUACAACAACCUAAUCACUCACAUUAGCUGGAAAUUGUGAUAUAGUGGCCACAUACUAUUAGUACAUUACCAUUAGACACCAUACCUGAGAACCAUUUUUUAUCAUUCUUUCAGACCUUUCAGUGUUUUAAAUGUUAUUUCUUUGUUCAUUCAUAUCUGUUUCUACAUAGUAUAAUCAAGCUUUAUGCUAAAUGUUUCAUCAGUUUUUGAUAUCACUGCAGAUUAAUACAUAUUCCACCUAAUAAUCAGAUUUAUUUUGUUGUAACCCUUCACCUUUUGACAAGGAGACCUCAGACCUCUGGAACUUGAACAGAAAAAUACAGUUUUCGCUCAGUCGAGGCUUGUAAAUGAGCCUGGCUAGAUGAAUGAUUUUGAAGAGGCCUACGAAAUGUUUUCCAAUAGAAAUGUUAAAUGACUGAAGUGAUGAAAACUAUUCAACAUUUUUGGAAUAGUUCUAUCAUUGACAUAUCAUAUAUUGAAAUUCAUGAAAUGUAUUUAGUAAUUUAUUGUGAUGAGACAAGAAACAUUAACACCAUUUUCAGCAUGUUAGGCAUACAAUUAAGAAUAAAUAUGUGCAUAUUGUUAAUGAAUUUAAAUGUAAAUGUGGUUUCCUGGAAUCCUUUCAGUAAAUUCACUUGUCCGAGAAUAUGAUUCAUAAAACUGAAUCCCCAGAUCUACAGUAAGUAACAAGAUAAAAGAUAUGGCUUUGACUCGAGUAUAUUUUUGUGGUUUAUUAAAGUGAACCAUUCAUUAAAAAUAAAAAUAUAAUUUGCAAAUUUAAAAUUA